CAGAAGAAAAAAAAUCAGAAAAAUGGAAAAAACUUCAUCAUCAGGAGUUCAGAAAUAUUGCUGUUUUUGAUGCUUGUUUAAUGGUCUAUUUUUGCUCCAUGUAUGCUUCUAACCAUUUAUUUGAGUGAAAAUGCAAGGGCUAUUUAGUUAUAGGUAGAAGUAUUCCCCUUUAGAGUAAAAAUCUGCACAAACAGAGUUCGCAGGCAGCAUGACAGUAGGAUGUCCGACCGGUGCGGAUGUGAAGACACCCGUGUUCGGUCCAAGUGAGGGAAUGGCCGGUAUGGCCGAAGCCAUAUUCGGUCCGAAUGGGGUGACCAUUGUGGCCGUGGCCGCGGUUGGUCCAAUAACCGAGGUGACCGGAGCAGACCCCAUAGUCGCGCUCGAUCCAACGAAUGUGGUGAUCAGAGUGGACCCCACGGCCGCACUCGAUCCGAAAGGAAAGUUGAUCAGAGUGGUCUGCCCUACAGAGCCACCCAAUCCAGCCGAAAGGAGCCUGAACUAUGCUAUCUCUUCUGGUUUUAUAGCACCAUUCAAGGCAGGGAAAAGUCAGGUGGUUUCUCAUCUUGCAUUUGCAGAUGACCUCUUAGUAUUUCUUAAGGGCGACCUAAGGAAUAUGCUGAGAUUUAAUCACAUCCUACAUAACUACCUUAGAGCUUCUGGACAAGAAAUCAACAUCAAGAAAAGUAAGGUUGACAACGCCACACUCAACUUCUCUCGUCCUAAAGCUGCGAGAGUCUGCAUUGAGAUUGACGUGUCCAAGAACCUACACAUCCACCUCAAGCAUAUCGAUGAUGACCUCUUUUUCCAGGUUCUGUACGAGGAUCCUCCUUCCUUUUGUGACUCUUGCCAAAGGCUUGGUCACAACGCCACCACUUGCAAGGGAGCUUACCAGCCGGAAAUCCCAGUGGGAAACCUACCGCCGGUAGGAACCAUACAACCAUGUAAGGACAAGGGCAAGCAUAUUGAAAAAGAAUGGACCACUGUGCAAAGGAAGAAUAGAAGACAGCAUAAAUCCAACGGUGAAUGGGUCCCGAAACCCACUUUCACUAAGGAUCCCCCUCCAGAUUUUCUUCAUCACAAGGGCUCUAGGAUGCCUGACCUGGAAGCUAUUAGUGAUUUCAGUGACUGCAUCAAGGACAACAACCUCCUUGAAUGUAAUUACACUGGAUCAGCUUAUACUUGGCAUGGGGUCAGAAGCAAUGGCAAUGAGGCAGAAACUGAUGCCACUAAAGCUGAGCAGUUGUUUGAGGCUGACCCCUCAACUGAUAACAAAAUCCUUUAUAAUCAGAAAUUGGCAGAACUUCAGGAAGCUCAUAGGAGAGAAUAUGCCUUUUGGAAGCAAAAAUGUAACCUUAAAUGGUUGAAAGAUGGAGAUGCCAACACAAAAUUCUUUCACAGUCUGCCCACUGAAGAGGAAAUCAAAGUUACUAUCUGGGACAUGGAUCCUAAUUCCUCUCCUGGUCCAGAUGGUUUCAACAUCAACUUUUUCAACCAAUGCUGGGAUAUUAUCAAAGGGGAUUUAACUUCUGCUUGCCAAGAGGUCUUCCUAGGAAUUCCUCUUCCCAAGGCAGCAAGUUCAUCCAAUAUUUGCCUACUUCCUAAAACUUAUAAUGCUAUGAAACUCAAUGAUUUUAGACCAGUUUGCCUAUCUACUGUGGCCUCAAAGAUUGCUUCUAAAUGCAUUGCUAAUAGGCUUGGAAAGCUCCUUCAUCUGAUUAUUUCUGAAGAACAAGGGGCUUAUGUUCCAGGAAGGGAGAUUAUGGACAAAAUUCUUAUCACUAAGGAGUUGGUUCAUCACAUCAAUAGGAAAGCUCAUGGUGGAAACCUCAUCGUCAAACUUGACAUGGCCAAAGCUUUUGAUAAGCUUAAAUGGUCAUACCUGAUGGAUAUCCUCAAGGCUUUUGGCUUCUCUCCUCAAUUCAUCCGCAUGGUUAAUACCUUGCUUACCUCAUCCAAAUAUUCUAUUCUGAUCAAUGGCAAACCAUGUGGAUAUUUUGGACAAUCAAGAGGGAUUAAACAAGGAGAUCCUCUCUCUCCUCUCCUCUUUAUUAUUGCUAAUGAAGGUUUCUCUAGAAACCUUAACAAAUUGUUUCUUGAUGGCUUCAUUGACAGGUACAAUUUAGGGAGAAAGUUCAUCCCUAUUACCCACCUUUCUUAUGCUGAUGAUAUCAUCAUCUUCUCUUCGGGACAUAGCCGAUCUGUUUCCAACCUCAAAAGAUUCCUCCACGAUUACCAACUGGUCUCCGGGCAGGCCAUCAAUUACACUAAGAGCAGCUUCAUGAUGGGUUCCAAGCCUAACUCUUUAGCCAUAUCCAAUCUAAAAAGACUCCUGGGAAUGUCCCAUAAGCGCUAUCCUUUUACUUAUCUUGGUAUUCCUAUUGACUUGGGAAUCACUAGACAUAUUUACUGCACCAACCUUAUUUCUUCCUUCGAUUCGAAGUUAAAUGGAUGGUACCAAAAAAACAUGGAUCAAGCAGGUCGUCUUGUACUUAUUAAUCAUGUCCUUAACACUCUUCCCAACUAUUUCCUGGCAACUAACACACUCCCUAAAUCCAUCAAACACUUGUUGGAUCACAAAAUGGCCAAAUUUUUGUGGGGAGGAAAUCCUUCUAAGCAUCAUUGGAUAAGUUGGCAGAAGCUCUGUACCCCCAAAGACGAAGGUGGCCUGGGUACAGGAGAUUUCAAUAGCUUAGAAAAAGCAUUCAGUCUUAAACUUUGGUGGAAAUACCAUCAUGAUAAUGGAUUAUGGGCAAAGCUAAUGAGAGCUAAAUAUUGGAGGGAUGGUGAGAUGAAGGACAACAUUACUGAUUCCCCAGUCUACAAGAGAAUCUUCAACAUUGAUGAAUCUGCCAUUGACACUUGUUCUGUCUCUGAUGAUGGCAUGAUGCACUGGAAGCUUGAUCCUAAUGGUUCUUUCACCUUCAACGUGGAUAUAGAAGAUUCUAAAAUGGCAAAAGAAGUUGAUGCAGUUGAGGCCAAGCCACUGAGAAAAUUAUUUUCUCCAAUGUCCACGAAUCCACCUUCGUGCAUUGUUUUGCCUGCUACCACUGCAACACAUUUUGAGCUUAAACCUCAGGAGAUGCAGAGGAAAAUAAACAGGGGACGAGUGUUCACUACCCGGACAAAUACUCCGCUCGUCCCGGAGAUCUUUGCAGAGCCAUAUCCUCAUGGAUUCAAAGUGCCGUUUGUCAAGGGUUAUGAUGGGGAAUCGGAUCCCCAUGAACACAUAAAUAGCUAUGUCCAUGUGAUGAUUGCCGUUGAUGCCAGCGAUGCAUUGAUGUGCCGAUGUUUCUUGCAGACGGUUGAUAGCAAGGUUGCGGAUUGGGUGAAUCACAUUCCGGACGGAUCGAUCCGGACUUGGGAUGAGUUGGGAUUGCGGUUCCUAGAGCAUUUUGCAGGGAACUGCCGUCCCAAAAAGCAUUUUACCCACUUGGCCCCAGUACGACAGAAGCACGGGGAGUCCCUAAAGAACUUCCUUGUGAGGUGGAGAAAAGAAUCCAGGGAGGUUGAAGGAACCGACGAUAAAUCCAGGUUAACCAUGUUCACAACAGCACUACAAGAUGGGCUCCUUCAUACCGAUCUCACAACCCAUCCCCCAGAUACCUUUGAGGAAGCAAUGGUUCGGGCUGGAAGGUAUGUGACCCUGGAGGAGAGGAAGGAGAAAAAGAAAGAGAAGACUCCCAAAGAAAAAGAGAAGCAGGGACUAAUGACAUACCCAACCUAUUCCCAGAAGGUCUGUAAUGUGGAGGACACUGGGAAAUGGUGCGCUUACCACUGCAAGAAUGAUCACAACACGGAGGACUGUUAUACCUUGAAGAAUGAGAUGGCCAUGCUAAUCCGCCGGGGCCAUCUGAAAAAAUUUGUACAAGAUGCGUACGGGGGAAAUCCCGGGAACGCUCAAAAUGGGAAGCGUAGAGAAGGGCAAGUGGCCCAGGCUGAGGCCCGGGAGAAACGUCACAUCGGACUUGAGGAUGAAGAGGAAGUUCAGAACCCGCACCACACCGACAGAAGAGGCACCAUGGGUGUAAUUACAUCAUCGGUGGGAACAUUGGUGGGGAUUCGGCCACAAGUUGGAAAAAGUGGGCUAGUGCGGCAAUGGUCAAUAAGGUGGCGGCCCCUGCCCAACCGGAAGGUAAGAAGCUUAAAACUGAGCCGAUUGUAUUUUCUAAUGCUGAUUUGCCAGACACAAGGGGUCCCCCAUAGGGAUGCUCUGGUGAUUACAAUCGACAUAAUGGACUUGGUGAUCCACAAGACUUUGGUGGAUACGGGAAGUUUCGUUAACAUCAUGUAUAUGGAUACUUACAAGGCUCUUGGUUUGACGAGACAUGAGUUAUUGCCCAUUAAGACUCCCCUGACCGGGUUCACGGGCGGCUCUAUUGAACCGGAGGGGGUGAUAACCCUGUCGGUCGAGGUAGGAGAUACUAAGGCAACCCGGAAGUUGGACAUGGAGUUCGUUGUAGUGGGAAUAGUCUCCAACACAAAUCUCAUCCUGGGAAGACCCGGAUUAGAAGAUUUGGAGUGUGUCAUCUCACCUCGUCACCUAUGCAUAAAGUUCUCAACCCCCCGUGGGAUUGGAGUUGCCAGGGGAUCCCAGAGGGUGUCCAGGGCAUGGUAUUUGAAGGCAACUAAACAACCUAUCAGAUACGACACCCAGGUGGGGGAGGUGACCGCACAACUCUUAAGAGCCAAAGAAAGGCGUCCUAGAGUUGAAGUUGCGGGCGACAUAGAGGAAGUGGAACUGGAGCCAGGCAUACCAGGAAGAUUAGAUGCUAAACCAGUGAAGCAGAAGCGAAGGCAUCCAUCGCAAGAAAGGAGAGACUUCGUGAAGAAGGAGGUGACAACCUUGCAGAUUAUUGGACACAUCCGGGAGUACAAUGUGGAGUUCAGGCCGCAUCCAUCGAUCAAAGGGCAGACACUCGCCAACUUUCAGGAUGAGUGUACGGCCAGGGAGAUGACAAGAGCCCGGGUAGAAGAUGAGUGGUGGGUGAUGAGCAUUGACGGAUCUUCUAGGUCCCGAUCCUGUGGAGCAGCCGAAUAUGAGGCCCUAAUUAAUGGACUGAAGAUUCUCGGCAAGCUGAGGGUGUCCAGGGUCCAGGUAUACAGCGACUCCCGCUUGGUGGUGGGACAAAUCAGUGGGGAGAGGAUGAAGAAAUACCGUGACUUGUCCUUGGAAAUGUUGGGAAAAUUUGAGUAUAAGCUAGAGCACAUACCCAGAGCGUACAACGCGGAAGCUGAUGUCUUGUCUAAGCUUAGCGCUGAAUCACCGGAGUAUAUAAGCAAGUUAGCAACUGUGGAUGAGUUGGCAACCCCUAGUCUCAGAAGUGAACAAACAAAAUCAGGCCAUCGAGCUGAACUUCUUAGAGGAACGAAGGGAUGAAGCACGAAUCCGGGUAGAGAAUUACCGUCGCCAGGUGAAAUCUUACUUUGAUAGUAAGGUGAAACCGAGAGUGUUCCAGGUGGGGGAUUACGUCCUAAGAAAGUGAGAGAAGUGUCAACCAACUAAGGGCGGAAAGUUGGCCAAAAAGUAUGAAGGGCCUUAUAUCAUCAAGGCCGUUGUUCGCCCAGGUACCUACAAGUUGGUGACUCCAAAGGGAAAAGAAAUAGAUAGGACAUGG